AUGAGCAUACCCACAAAUACGAAAAAGGAGGGAACUAGCGGCGCGUCCACGGGCGCACGACUAGGAAGGGAGGGGCUGGGAGGGGCGAAAUCUUCGUCUUCUCCCGACCUUUUGAGCCAGGACGUCUCACCCGCUGAAGGGAGAGACGCUACUAGACACAUAAGAGGACCUUCCACCGGGGCCGGCGGGCUGGAGCUUUUCAGCCCGUCCGGCUCCCUGGGGAGUCCCAAAAAGAAGGAGAUACGGAAGCUACAAAUCACCCUCGAGGACUUUAUGCUCAAGGGUGGAAAGGCUAGCUCCGCGGGCUCGAGGCCGGGCCCGGCCUGUAGUAAGGGGAAUAAACCCAGUAAAUGCGGGCCGGAUGCCACUGGUAUCAAGCCGGGUAGUGCUCUCGGGCCUCUUGGCCCGGAAUCGCGGACAUGGACGUUGACACUGAUGGGGAAAAAAAGGGCCCACAAUAAGACCUCGACUACAAGGUACUACAUCACCUCCUCCUCUUCGGAGUCUGAUGAAGGACCUCCAAAAAAGGGUCGUGGCAGGCCUGCCAAAGACCCCUCUCACGAGGGGCAAUUUACUGCGCAGGCCCUAGCCAAAAAAGCAGAGGCAGAAAAAGCAAAAAAGCUAAUAAGGGAUCACAAAGCCAUCCUCAACCCUGAGGUUGAGCCCUCCUCUGAGCGCGCUGCAAGGGCAAAAAACGAUGCCCUGGAGCGCGCCGAGGAACUGGAGGCGCAACCCAUGGCUGCUGUUGCAGCAGUCAUGACGGAAAGCCUGGGCAUGAUGGCCAAGUCAGUGGAGAGGUCCAAUAAUAUUCAGGGACCGAUCCGCAAGGACCUCUGGCGGGCCUAUACUGACCUUACGGCCGGUUUGACGGCCAUCAUGUCCAGAAACGGGGAGGACAACGAGGCGCGACAGCGCCGAGAGGAAAGUGCGGCCCUGGCCAAAGCCAGAGCCAAAUGGACGGCUGAGAAGCGCAAACUCGAAGCGGAGCUCGGACAGCUCCGCGUUCGAGUGGCGCUUCUCGAGCGAAAACCUCCCACGGGUACAGACGUAGAGGGUCAAACCGACGUCGAGACCCAGACGGACCUCGACGAGGAUGUCUCGAGGGCCCUGGUGGGAUCUCUGCCCCCCUGCACGUCGGGUCCAACUGUGGGUCUGGACAUGGGGGUCGAGGAGCCUCCCGCCUCGGAACCCCCUCAAACGGUGGGCGGCACGACCAUGCGACCCAAAACAGGGCCGAGGGUCGUGUCCGUCAAAACCCUUAAAGAGCCCCUGGUCAUAACGGCCAGGGACCUCAAGGGGCCCUAUUACCGUCCGCCGCUGCAGGGGGUCAGCAAGCAGCUGAACCCCCUGUCUAAAGCGGCGAACCGGGUGGCAGCCCCCGUCUCCCGCUCCUCCUUCCCUGCCCUUCCCCCUCCCUCCAGUUCUCUGGAGACAUCGGGAUGGGCCAGGGUCGGGGAGGGCGGGAGGAAAGAGAAGAAGAGGGCGAAAGCCCUGACCGAGGACGGCCUCCGGGAGGUCCUGAGCAGAGUCCUCCCGGCCGUGCUCGCUGAGAUGGGGCUUCUCCCGCCCAACAAGGCCGUGGAGAGGCCCAAGACGGCCCAGUCUGGGGGCAAGAUGGCCACCCAGACACGGACCGUCCCGCAAAACAGAGCGGGCAAAGCAGCCACUUCGAUGGCUGCCAAACCCGUUCCGGCGAAAGAGACCACCUCUCCCUCCAUACUAGAACUAUGGACAGAGGUGGUCUCCAAAAAAUCGAGGAGGAAGGCCGCCAAAGUUGUCGAGGAGGCGGCCAAGACGGCUCUACCGGCCAAGAGGCCGAUAAGGGUCCUCCCUAUCCCGUCCUCCAACCCCCCCACCCAACAAUCCUCUUCCUCAUCGAAGAAGAAGAAGAAAAGGGGCGGGCGUGGAGGGGGCCAGGGGGGACCCGGAGGGCCACCUCCGCCGAGAGGCGCCAGCUCCCAGGGUCCGGCCAGAGUGACCAAAAUUAAGCCGCCGACCACGGCGGCUGUCACGGUCACCUGUGCCGACCCGAGAGCAUACGCGCAGGUCCUCAAGACCGCGAGGGAAAGAGUCGAUCUAUCCUCCCUCGGGAUUGAGGACCUGCGCCCCAGACGAGCCGUCACGGGGGCCCUGAUCCUAGAGGUCAGGGGCGCUGAAAACGGCACUAAGGCCGACGCCCUGGCCGAAGGGAUCAGGGAGGCCCUCGGAGAAAGAGACGACGUGAAGGUGGCUCGACCGUGCGGGGGCCUUGGCCACCUGGCCAAGGCCUGUACAGCCAAGGCGGGCUGCCCGGUUUGCCGUGACGCGGGCAAGCCCGCUGAGCACAGGAUCGGUGCUAAGGGGUGCCUGGCGAACAAGCCGCAACGGGCGCCCCUGAGCACCGAGGACCGGAGGGAGGCGGGGCCAUCUACAAUCUCAAACUCAACCCCGCCCCCUGCUCUGGUCCCCAUGGUGGUAGUUGAGGAGGAAGCCCCUCUCCCGCAAAGGGAGAGGACCAUAAGAACCGGGAACGCGGAAACCCGCGAAACCGAGAUGGAGGUGGAGGAGCCUCAGGGGACAAUCGAAAAUGCCCCUUAG